GUUUGGAGUCAGAGUGAAUGCAGCUUGCACUGCUGUGCUUUGGAAUUACAGCUAUGAACAUUGUCAGGGACUUGAAAAAGAAAGGAAAGCAAAGGAGAAAAGGACAGAGGGUGGAAGAGAAACAUUACAGAGCCUCUUGAUGCUCGACGCUGAAGAGAGUGUGUGAGAAGACUGAGGCGCACCAGAGGAGCUUCACACGAUCCUCUCAUCUUCAGUUCCUGAGCAGAUCGGCCUGUUGUCCCCCAUCACUGGGGUCGUCAUUGGAACUGCGUCUCACCGUGUGUAUCUGUGUGUAUGUUUGUGUCACAUUAUGACCAUUUCAUUCACAGCUCAUAAAGCACAUCUAUGGUGUUGUGGUGGCUUGCUUUUGAAACAUUGAGUGAAAGAGUAUGUCAUGCUGCUGACUGACACUGUGUGUGUGUGUGUGUGUGUGUGUGUGUUGCCGGCGUGUGAUUGGUAUUCUGUAGACAGUGUGCAGUGCUCCAAACAGGCUCUGCUCAGAAUGGCUCCACAGAGCAGGGAUUGUGUUAACCUGAGGAGGACCACUCUCACACAGGGGUCUUAAGCAACGCAAGGCCACGAGACUCUGAUGAGGAAAUUCUCAGAGCGGCGACAGAUGUGACGCCCCUCCUCUCUGUUUGCUUCCACGGACGUCGGAGCAGCCAUAACUCGACCUGCCUCCAUCCUAGAGGUGCUAUUCCUAUGAGAGAGGGAGUGUCUGGCGUGCCAAAGCUCAUUCCUGAACUCCUGAAGGGAGGAGCCGUGGGAAUUGGAGGGAUAGCUGGAUUGAUGAGGGUGCUGGAGAACAGAGUGUGAGCCGCUCUCCACGUCUCCACCCGAGUGCUGGGCUCCAUAAUCAGUUCAUCCUCCCAGACACUUGAGCUCAACUUAUUCUGGAGGAUUUUUGCUCUGAGAUUUCAUAUCUUUCACUAUAUGUUUUAAAUAUAUUCUAGUUUCUUUGCUCAAGUCGAUGCUCCCCUUCAUCAAAUGUGGCAGGUGGGCCUGAGGAACGAUUCUCUGUGAAACUAAAAGCAACAACGUGUAAGAUAGAGUGAGGUGGCAGAGGAAAGCAGGGUAAAAGCGCUGACUGGUCUUGGAACGUUUUGAGUUGGAGUGCGUAUAUGCAAGACUUAGAAGGCCUGUGUAGCAAUGGAUGAGAGUUUGUGCCGAGGGCUGACAGGAAGAGGCAGCUAGACGGCAAUGCAUAAUCGAAGCCUCUAAGUGUGCACAGGAGAGUACGUUUGUGUGCGAAUGUGCAUGCAGGAGCAUGUGAUUGUCUCUUGGAGUGCAGAAUUCUGAGAAUUGGCCAUUAUCGCCGCUCCCUCCUAUUUUUGAGCUGGAGCCGGGAGGGUCAACAUUAACAGCGAGAGAGAGAGAGAGAGAGGGACGGAUACAGCAAAAAAUAAAUAAAUAAAUAACAGUGACACUUCAGUUUUCUGUCACCAUAUUUUUGGUGCCCAUUGGUGGGGUUCUUUUUCCUCUGAGUGCUUGAGCUUUGUAAAAAAAAAAACUACUUUUGUCCCAUCAAAUGGAUUAUUAUAAGAAUCACAGCUUGUGAAGGGCUCUCAGAUGGAUCAUUUCUAGCUGGAAUACCUUCUCCUUUGAGACUCUCCACACCACUCCAUUUCUGUGACUUUCAACCUGUCAUCCUAGAAGACGUGUUGCGAUUCCCCGGAGGACUGCAUUCACUUGUUACCACAGCAAUCCAUGGCAUCCUGUUCCUGACAAGGUCCGCUUCAUUCUGGGGUGCUAUAGGCAGCAGAAGGCAUCUCCAUGAGGAGCGGUAGAAGAUGCCGGAACUGCCAGCGCUCCUGCUGUCGAUUUACUUCCGCUUCCUGUUAGUCACCGUGGUUACCAUGCCGCCUUCUUCCCUGAGCCAGACCUCUGUUCUGUCAUCCGUACGGAUGGCGGCAAUUUUGGAUGACAGCUCUGUCUGUGGGCGUGGGGAGCGCUUAGCUUUAGCGUUAGCACGCGAGAACAUCAACAGUGUGAUGGAGGGCCCGGCUCGUGCUCGCGUGGAGGUCGACAUAUUUGAACUCCAGAAAGACUCUCAGUAUGAGACUACAGAUACUAUGUGCCAGAUUCUGCCAAAGGGCGUGGUCUCUGUGAUUGGCCCCGCCUCCAGCCCUGCCUCUGGCUCCAUAGUCAGUCACAUCUGUGGGGAAAAGGAGAUUCCGCAUGUCAAAAUCGGUCCGGAAGAGACUCCACGGCUUCCUUACCUGCGCUUUGCAUCUGUGACUCUGUAUCCUAGCAACGAGGAUCUGAGCCUUGCCAUCGGAGCCAUCCUACGCUCCUUCAGCUACCCAUCGGCUAGUCUGGUCUGCGCUAAGGCCGAAUGUCUGCUGAGACUGGAGGAGCUGAUAAGGGGGUUUCUGAUCUCUCGAGAGACGCUGUCAAUCAGGAUGCUGGAUGACAACCUUGACCCCACGCCUUUACUAAAGGAGAUUCGUGAUGACAAAAUAGCUACAAUAAUUAUUGAUGCUAAUGCAUCUAUAUCUUACCUUAUACUGAAAAAGGCGUCAGAGUUGGGAAUGACAUCAGCAAUGUAUGCCAUUCCUGUGUGUGUGCAGGACUUCCCGUUGCUGUGGUUGGAUGAUAUAGUGGAUGAGCAGUCAAACAUCGUGGGCUUCUCAAUGUUUAACAUCACCCACCCAUUUUACCUGGAGUUUAUCAGGAGCCUUAACCUGUCCUGGAGAGAGGGUUGUGACAUUAACCCUUACCCUGGACCAGCGCUGUCGUCGGCCCUGCUGUUUGAUGCGGUCCACGUGGUGGUGAGUGCAGUGCAGGAACUCAACCGGAGUCAGGAGAUUGGCGUCAAACCUCUCAGCUGCACCUCCCCUCAGAUCUGGCAACACGGAACCAGCCUCAUGAACUACCUGCGUAUGGUGGAGUAUGAUGGUUUGACAGGUCGAGUUGAGUUCAACAGUAAAGGCCUGAGGACCAAUUACUCCCUCCACAUCCUGGAGAAGCACAGGGGAGGCCACAAAGAGAUUGGGAUCUGGUACUCUAACAACACUCUGCUGAUGAACUCCACCAGUCUGGAUAUCAACGUGUCUGAGACUCUGGCUAACAAGAGCCUCAUCAUCACCACUAUACUGGAGAACCCGUACGUGAUGAGAAAGGUGAAUUACCAGGAGUUUGAGGGGAAUGAGCAGUACGAGGGUUUCUGUGUGGACAUGUUGAGAGAGCUGGCUGAUAGCCUCAAAUUCACCUUCCGCAUCAAACUGGUGGACGAUGGCCUGUAUGGAGCACCUGAACCCAACGGCUCAUGGACAGGCAUGGUGGGAGAGCUGAUCAACAGGAAAGCUGAUUUGGCUGUAGCAGCUUUUACCAUCACAUCUGAGAGAGAGAAGGUCAUUGACUUCUCAAAACCCUUUAUGACCCUGGGCAUCAGUAUUCUUUACAGGGUCCAUAUAGGCAGGAAGCCAGGUUAUUUCUCCUUCCUGGAUCCCUUCUCACCGGCUGUUUGGCUCUUCAUGCUGCUGGCUUACCUCGCUGUCAGCUGUGUGCUUUUUCUUUCUGCUAGGUUGAGUCCGUAUGAAUGGUAUAACCCUCACCCGUGUCUGCGUGAGCACAGAGACCUGCUGGAAAAUCAGUACACACUAGGAAACAGCCUGUGGUUUCCUGUUGGGGGUUUCAUGCAGCAGGGGUCAGAGAUCAUGCCCCGGGCCCUCUCCACACGCUGCGUCAGUGGGGUCUGGUGGGCAUUCACUCUCAUAAUAAUCUCUUCAUACACAGCGAAUCUGGCUGCGUUUCUGACAGUGCAGAGAAUGGAAGUGCCAAUCGAAUCCCCCGAUGACCUGGCCGAUCAAACCAAUAUCCAGUAUGGCACCAUUCAUGGAGGAAGCACCAUGACCUUUUUUAUGAACUCUCGUUAUCAAACGUAUCAGCGGAUGUGGAACUACAUGUAUUCAAAGCAGCCCAGUGUCUUCGUGAAGAGCACAGAGGAGGGCAUUGCACGAGUCUUGAACUCUAAAUACGCCUUCCUGCUUGAGAGCACCAUGAAUGAGUACCACCGCAGCCUCAAAUGCAACCUCACCCAGAUCGGAGGCCUGCUGGACACCAAGGGUUACGGAAUCGGCAUGCCUUUCGGUGAGCGAGAGGGACAUAAUACCACAGAAAAUGAUCUCAACUCAUCCCUACAUUUGGAUAGUCUUGGGAUGGAGAACAUUGGCGGUAUAUUUGUGGUGUUAAUCUGUGGCCUGAUUAUUGCUGUGUUUGUGGCUGUGAUGGAGUUUGUGUGGUCCACACGCCGAUCAGCUGAAACAGACGAGGUACGGCCUCUCUCCUGCGACCGCCAAUAUCACAGUCACUCUACAGUGUCUGUAUGUCAAGAGAUGUUGACAGAGUUCCGUAACGCCGUUUCCUGCAAGAAAAGUUCUCGUCUUCGCCGCCGCCGACCCCUGUCCAGCUCUCUGGCCCUUCGACACCCCACUCGCAUCACUUUAGGGGCCCCGAGGCCCCUGCACCUUGUCCGAGAGAUGCGCCUUAGCAACGGAAAGCUCUACAGCGGUACUGGACCCCUGACAGGAAGUUCAGGGCCAGGAGGAGGCCCCUCAGACAUGGGCCCCGGCCCCCAGCGACUUCUGGAGGACCCGUUAGUUGCCAACAGCACCCCCACAGUGGCCCUGGGUCCACCUGCAGUGACAGUGCCUCUGCCACGGGGCUGCACUCAUGUGCGCAUUUGCCAGGAGUGCCGGCGUAUCCAGAGUCUACGCACAACCUCUUGCACACGCAUCCCUCCCUCUUCUGGCCCUCUGCCUCGCCUGGCCCCGCCCCCUCCACACUCAUCCUCCAAUACAGACAGCGAAGGCGGCGGUGGGCCGAGCCCGUGCCGGAUAGGCCACUCCCCGCCAGCAAAAGGCUGCACUUUACCACCACCUCAGUCUAGCAACAACACAGACCUGAUGGGAGAGCAGAAAUGAGAGCAGAGAGACUGACAAAAGGGGGAGACAAAAUUAUGACUCGUUUUUGCAAUAUUUGCCCCUUUUGUUCAAAAUCACAGACAACUGCGCUUUCCAUCUUUUAUUUGGUACGAGAGCAUUGUGCUUUUUUUUUUUUUGCUUUUUUUUUUAAUAGCCAUGCGUCACAUCAAUGAUUCUUUUGUACUACUGAACAAUGUACUAUAACACUGACCGUGUCUGAAACAACCUUGAAAAUGUGAUGGUAAAGAUUUAAGACUCUCAGUCUGAGGAUUUAGAAAUGCUUCACGGCAGGCAGCACAGAGAUAUUAAACUUCCCCGUGAUUCUGACCUUCAGGCAGCACACAGACGUCUGCUUGCGAUCAGAGGCACAGACUCUCCUUCCCUUCAAUGACUGAACUCGGUCUCUAUGUUACGAUAGAGGUCAUACACAGGAAGUAGCACAGCGAUGCUCUCUUUUGGACAUCAUUGUCUCAAUGAUACUGUCCAGAUCAGAGCCAG